CCAAAAGAGAAACCUUACUUGACGCUCUCCUUCAAGGAACUAGACCCCGAAAAGAAUCUACUUUUCCUUCAUUUUUAUCAACUAUCUUUAACAUCCUAGUGCCGAGGACGGGAUAUGAACCCACACCAAGUGUCGAAAUCCCUCGACUUUGUCCAAGGUUUUGCACGCAAUGUCGAGAUGUAUUCUCCAAGGGGAAAUGCGCAUGUUCUUUUGUAUUCCUUUGAACCAUAGCAAUUUUAAGGGACUUGCUCUUGGUUCCACCUCAAAAAUGCAUUCUUCCGUUUAUUUUGACAAAUCCUCACUUUGUUCUGCCUCUGGUAGGCCCUCGGCCUCUUGGUGCCCCUUUCAAACGAAUCUACUCUGUUUCAGGGAAUAGGGAAUUCAACUUGAGACAGGCUCAGUCUGGGCUGGAAUUUCAUGAUUGAUUAAUUUGGUUCCUCGUCGGAGGUGGUUCGUCCUUGGAUUUCCGAACGCUUUAAAUCAGCCUCUCCUAUCCUCCUCUUCGUUGGGCCAAAAUGUCUCAAAUGUCGUCAAUCAAAGAUAGCAUCCUGGAUGUGACAAGACUGGCCAGACUUAAGAACUGUUAAAAGCACACACCCACAAGCGCACAUGGACAAGGCGGAAAUGCAAAGUGGUCCUAUCUCAAUUCUCCUUAGCUUUGAUGGCUAGCUGUUUCUGUUGCUCCACCCAAGUGCAACAAAGAUCAAGGGUUACUUGUCAAUCCUAUCUUGGAGAAAAGAAGGGGUAAGUCUCUGGUGGAAAGUGGAAAAGUGUUCCAUUAUCGUUCCUCGAAUAUCUUAUCAUCCUCAUUGUGGCCGUACCCACCCGCCUCACCUCGUCAUUACCUAUGAAUCAUAUUGACAAAUAAUUAUUGAGGCAAUAUCCUCCGUGGGGUCUGGAUCAACUGUGAAUAAUAGCACGCUAAGGGAUCAUCGAUCCAUCCAGUGUUGGCGCUCAUUUGGAGUGGAUUCACUCACACCUCUUAUCUCGGAAUCUUUCGACAAUUAGCUCCAUGGUCUCACUACCUUUUCAUGCUACACGCUCCUCGAAUCCUAAUGGGAUCAUUCCUAUGAUGAGAGGUGGACAGAUCAUCAUCGGGUGAUUCUUUUAAGCGCCAUGACACUCCAAAUGAACCAGUGAACAGAAGGAGCUAAGUAAUUUCUGGAACGUCGAUGACUCACAGAUCUCUCAUGGUGUUUUGAAAGAACAGGAUAUUUGACCCAAGAACAACAAGGACGACAGAAAUAAUAGUGGACAAGAAAGAAUGGGGUGUGCACAAAGCGUUGACGAUGAGACCUUGAGGAAUCGACGCAUCAAUCGCGAGCUCUACCGAGAUUACUCGACGGAUGCUCAGAUCGUCAAGUUGCUCCUUUUGGGCGCGGGCGAAUCCGGGAAAAGCACCAUCGUGAAGCAAAUGAAGCUCCUUCACGCUGUCAAUGACCGGGCCACCACAGGCUUUUCCGAUGAGGAGAAAGUGGAAGCCCAACGAGCCAUUUAUGCCAACAUCAUGGACUCAAUUGUGGCCUUGAUCGAGGCCAUGGAGAAUUUCGGCCUCAAAUUAAACAAUAACAGACUUGAAGAGGACAAGUUCAAGGUCCUACGUUUUGCCAUGAACAACGAAAGCCACCGACCUCCAGAGGAUGUGGUUAUGGCCAUGAAGAACCUGUGGAGGGAUGGCGUCAUCCAAGCUUGCUACCAGCGGCGGAAUGAAUUCCAAAUGAACGACUCGGCCGAGUACUUCCUCAAAGACCUGGACCGAGUUUGCUCCAAGGACUUCAUUCCCAACGACCAGGACGUGCUCCGCACCCGUGUCAUCACGUCGGGGAUCGUCAAAAUCGAGUUCCAGUUCAGGAAACUCCGAUUCCACAUGUUUGACGUGGGCGGACAACGAUCCGAGCGGAAGAAAUGGAUUCAUUGCUUUGAUAACGUCACGGCAGUCCUGUUCAUCAUCAGUCUCUCCGAAUAUGAUCAAGUUCUGUUCGAAGACAACCAAACCAAUCGAAUGCACGAAUCCCUCAAUUUAUUCGCCUCAAUUGUUAACAACAUCCACUUCAAGACCAAACCUUUCAUCGUGUUCUUCAAUAAGAAGGACUUGUUCGAGGACAAGUUGAAGCACAAAAGCAUUCGCAUAGCCUUCCCCGAUUACACGGGGGAUAAAUCGUUCGAGAGUACGUCCGAUUUCAUCAUUGACAAGUACUUGAAUCAAAGUCAAGUGAGUUCCAAACGUCGAGCCAUUUACCCGCAUUUGACCACCGCCACAGACACUGAAUUGGUGAACCGGGUUUUCACCAAUGUGAGCGAUAUCAUACUCAAUGAUAUCCUCAAAGAUAUCGGACUCAACUGACCAUUCAUGUCCGCAAUUUGUUUCUGUUAGAAAUCUUUGGUAUUGUUGGAAAAUUAUACCAUUUGUUGAUGCCAGUCCA